GAGACUUCGCUGCGGAUGCGGAAGCUUCGCAAGGCUCAGAGGUAUUUCAACCAUCCCGAGCGAUCGGUGGAGGCCUUGAGCGGGGACGAGGAUGAAGACAUGACUGUGCAGAACAAGUUGGCAUACCAGAGCAAUGCCGAUGCCAGGAAUGCCAAGCGGAUGCAAAGUGACGGCACCAGCACGCGCGGCCCCAGCCGGCGAUGGAGCAUCGGCAUGGUGCGCAGGCAGCCGCCCCCGGCCACGGCUAUGUCUGCAACGCCGCCCUCGCUGUCUCGCCCCAGCACGGUCUACAAGGAUGAGAUGAAGAUCCCCAGCCCAAAGUUCGGCAAG